GUCAUGAAGGGAACUUCAUGGGAGUGGAGUCGUGUAAGCCAAAACCUUUUAUACAUCCAUGUGACCCCCCACCAGAAUGUGUUCCUGGAGCGCCGCAGAGGGAGCGUUGCCCCAAAGUGGCACUGUGUCUGGAAAAGAUCAAAAAUCCCGCACCAAUUGCCAUCAGAUGCCCAAAUCCUCAUGAUGCUUACUCCCAGUCCCUCUGUGAGAAUGCAGGCCUGUGGCAGAAUCCGCCAAUUUGCGAUAACGACAAUGUCCAAAAGUGUGAAACAAGUGUGAAAAAUACAAAUGAUCCUUGCGUGACACCCAAAAAAGAGGAUAAGAAACAAAAAGAUAAAGUUAUUAAGAAAUGUUAGUUACUCCGAGAAAAACUUGAGUUCUAUAACUUGAGUGAUCAAGUUCAAAUACCAUGUGCUUUCUACAGGACGCUUCUUAAACCAUUCUAGGAAUAUAUCAUUUGUUCUACGGCUCUUCACGCCUUUCAGGCAUUAUAAUAAAAUGAAACAGUGUAAAGGCGGUUUCCCAUGGUCCGUGAAGCCACGGGCCCCGCCGCGGCGCGCCUAUUUGUACGGACAAGCUCGAGCCAUAGCCCCAUACAUGUCAGCGUGCGCCGGUACGGGCAGCCAUGUUCCCACGUGGCGGUGGUGCGAGCUCAUGCGGCGCGGUCCGUGACAACACGGGCAGCGGGAAACCGGCUUAUACGCGAGAUAUACACGAGACUAUCACAAAACAAUAAAAAAGUACC